AUGGAGUCGGAGUUAAUUAGAGAGGAGGUGGGGUGCAAGCUACAGGCAAUUCUCGCAAGUCGUCAUGUUUUCUCUGUCAGAAUUCGUCACCAAUGUCGCCCUCUCGGUGGCAAUUCUCUUCAUCUCUCGCUUCCUUUGGAACUAUCUCCGUUCCCCCCUAAAGUCCUUCCCGGCCCCAUUCCCACUAGUUUCACCAAUAUAUGGCGCAUGCAGGACGUAUUCAAUGGGCGCUGCGAUGUCACACAUAAUAAGCUGCACCGCAAACACGGACCCGCUGUUCGCAUGGGGCCCAAUGUUCUCAGCCUGUCUGACCCCAAUUUGAUCAGCCAAGUCUAUAACACGAAAAGCCCAUGGCUCAAGAGUGACAUGUACAAUGUGAACGACGUCGUUGUCGGCGGUGUCCGUUUGAAGAACCUGUUCUCGAACCAGGAUGAGAAAUGGCACUCAACCUACAUUCGCCCUGUCAAGAACCUGUACUCGAUGAGAAAGGUGCAAGAUGUCGAGAACAACAUCGACAUAAUUAUCAAUCUUUUUUCGACAAGCUCCGGCAGCAGUUCGCCAGCACAGGCAAGCCGUGUGAGAUGUCUGAUUGGAUCAACUUCUGUGAUUGCUUGGGAUGCUAUGAGUCAGGUCACCUUCUCGCAAAGUCUGGGUAUUAUCGAAUCUGGCAGCGAUUACAAGGGUUUCCUCGGAAGAUCCGCUAAGACAUUGGACUACUUUGCACCAAUCUGCCAAAUCCCACUUCUGGACAUGCUAUUCGACAAGAACCCAAUCAUGCGCAUCGGCCCACCCACCUUCGUCUGGGCCAACAUCUUCAGCCUCGAGCAGCUCCAAAAGCGGUACCAAGACAGUAACACAACCAGCCACGCAGACUUCCUCUCCAAGUCCCUCGAGGCUAAAGAAAAGAACCCUCAACUCGUCGACGACAACGCCGUCAUCCUCUACUUGCUCUCCAACGUGCUAGCCGGCAGCGACUCCACAGCAGGCACAAUAUGCGCAACAAUAUACUACGUCCUUAAGCACCCGAACGUAUACAAUAAACUCUGCGACGAGCUGCGCACCGCUCAACUCUGCCUUACAGCCCAGUGGAAGGAUAUUCAGGGACUCAAGUACCUCGAGGCUGUCAUGCGCGAAUCAAUGCGUGUCAACCCCGGCGUCGGUCUCAUGCUUGAGCGCGUCGUUCCGAACGCAGGCUUCACCCUCCCUGACGGACGCUUCGUACCUGAGGGAACAGUUGUGGGCAUGAACCCCUGGGUCAUCAAUAACAACGAGGAAGUGUUUGGCGCCGAGACGGAGAAAUUCGUUCCCGAGCGCUGGCUUCAGGGCCCGCUGGAGAGCUAUAAGCUCAUUGCUACGUUGUUUAGCACUUUUGAUAUGGAGCUUCCUAGUCUGAAGCAUGAGUGGCAGCUUACCAAUUCGUGGUUUAUCAGGCAUAAGGAUAUUCCUAUUCGUCUGACGGAGCGGGUAGGCUCUUUUCACUUGUUG